UCACUCGCUGUUGCAGCGCAAGACGACGAGCAUCUCCCUAUCGCUUCGUUGCAAGUUAAUUUUGUAAAAGACCGCAUUAAAAGAGACGGACGGGCUACUUCAGUGGAGUAACCUGAGAAAGAAAGAGUUCUUGAGUAUUUUUAUAUUCUUCUUCCCAGUGGCUCACAAUGAAAACCAAGUUCAUAAACGGGGUGUCCUCCUCCCCGUCGCUGUCCCUCGGCCUCCUCGUCACCGAGAACGCGCUGGCCGUUCAGCCGGACGCCGAUCCGGGCUUCAAGGAAGCGCCGCGCUCCGAGGAGCCGGACGCGCAGACGAGGCGCAAGGCGUUUUUGUGGUGCCGAGAGUUCCUGCACGGAGCCUGGAAGACCCUGACCGAGGAGGACUUCCACAUCAGCAUCAUAAGAGGAGGCCUGAGCAACAUGCUGUUCCUCUGCGCUUUGCCCGACACCCAGAAGAGCGUUGCGGAUGAGCCCCGAAAUGUGCUCCUGCGACUGUACGGGGCCAUCCUGCAGAUGUCCUGUAAUAAAGGAGAGACCAAACAGUCAAACAAAGAGAAUGUCAUUCAGGGUGCCGAGGCCAUGGUGCUGGAGAGCGUAAUGUUCGCCAUUCUGGCUGAACGGGACCUCGGACCCAAGCUCUAUGGCAUCUUCCCCCAGGGUCGCCUGGAGCAGUUUGUUCCUAGUCGGAAGCUGGAGACAACUGAGCUGAAGGUCCCAAGCCUCUCGGCAGAGAUUGCUCAGAAGAUGGCUCGCUUCCACGGCAUGAGGAUGCCCUUCAACAAGGAGCCCAAGUGGCUCUUUGGCACCAUGGAGAAAUACCUGAACCAGGUGCUGAGGAUCACUUUCACCCGGGAGUCCCACGUCCGAAUGUUCUCCCACCUCAUGAGCUUCAACCUGCCCCAGGAAAUGGAGACCCUCAAGUCUCUGCUUGAAUCCACCCCAUCGCCUGUCGUUUUUUGCCACAACGACUGCCAGGAAGGCAACAUCCUUCUUCUCAACGGCCGCGAGAACUCGGACCGACAGAAGCUCAUGUUGAUCGACUUCGAAUACAGCAGCUACAACUACAGAGGUUUCGAUAUCGGAAACCACUUCUGCGAGUGGAUGUACGACUACACUUACGACAACUUCCCGUUCUUCAAGGCGAACUCUAAGAAUUACCCCACCAAAGCUCAGCAGCUGCAUUUCAUCAGCAGCUACCUUCUGGAGAGUGACAGUGGGUUUGGAAACCUAAGUGAGGAGGAUCAGAUGAAGGUCAAAGAGGAGAUGCUGGUUGAGGUGAACAGGUUUGCUCUUGCUUCUCACUUUUUCUGGAGCCUGUGGUCCAUCAUUCAGGCCAGAAUAUCCACCAUUGAAUUUGGCUAUAUGGAAUAUGCGGUGGCGCGGUUCGACGCCUACUUCGAGCAGAAGAGGAGAUUGGGAAAAUGAGUGAGCGCUGGGUAAAAAGGGAAGUGGUCGCUAGGGCAGUCACCACUUUCUUGUCAUGGGUUUAGGGGUUGGGCGGGAGAGAAAGGGUCACCAGAAGUGAGUUGCUUUCUCGCUGAGGAAGUGUACACGGGACCACGUGGAAGGAAACAGAGCUGCGAACACCACGCCCCCCCCACCAAGCAGUGCAGCUCGGUGUUUACACUGGCCGUCAUCUUCACCGAACAACCCGUGCUUUCUGGCAUGUAGGGUCAUCCUGAGCCUCUCGGGAUAGGAAGUGCUUGAAAAAAGGUCACAAAUACAGAAAAAAAAAAAAAAAAAAAA